AUGGCAUUUGAAGAUUAUUUUUCAGUCCAGGUAUUUCUUAUUGUUUUAAGGGAAACAUUGGAACUGGCUAUUAUUGUAUCAGUGCUUUUGGCAUUUUUGCAUCAAAGUUUCGAAGUGAAAGAAAAUAAAAAAACCUACACGGGGUUGAAUAAUGAGAUAGAGAACAAUGAAGACGAUUCAAGUGCUAAAGAUAGCAAGGAUACAUAUAGAUUUCUUCGAAUUCAAGUUUGGGUAGGAGGACUUUUAGGAUUAGUGUGUUGCUUAAUAAUCGGAAGUGUGAUUUUAAGUAUUUUCUAUUUCAUUGGUAGUGAUUUAUGGUCAGUCACUGAACAUUAUUGGGAAGGGACCUUCUCAAUCAUAGCAAGUAUUAUCAUUUCAAUUAUGGGGGUCACUAUACUAAGGGUUAAUAAAAUGCAAAAAAAAUGGAAAUUGAAAUUGACUAGUAUCAUUAAGAAUUCUAAUUAUCUCAACAGGGCAAUUGACUCACAAUCAAGAUCACAUAGCUCAUUUCGUGAGAGAUUAAACAUAUGGUCGGAAAAAUAUUCGAUGUUCUUCUUGCCAUUUAUAACCACCUUAAGGGAAGGAAUGGAAGCUAUAGUCUUCAUUGGAGGUAUCGGGAUAAACGAAAAUACUACUACUAAAUCCAUCGUUAUUUCAUUAGUAUUAGCGGUUAUUAUCGGAUCGGUUGUCGGAAUUUUACUUUACAAAACUGGUAAUUCCAUGUCAUUACAAUGGUUUUUAAUUAUUUCUACUUGCUUCCUAUAUUUGGUUGCAGCUGGAUUAUUCUCUAAAGGAGUUUGGAAUUUCGAAUUACAAAGGUUCAUUGAUUUAUGUGAUGGAUUUGAUGUUAGUGAAACUGGUCAUGGACCAGGGUCUUAUGAUAUCACCAAAUCUGUUUGGCAUGUUAAUUGCUGCAAUGGAGAAUUACAAGAUGAUGGUGCUUUCUGGAUGAUCGUCACUGCAAUCUUCGGUUGGACCAAUAGUGCUACAUAUGGAUCGGUUAUAAGCUAUUGGAUUUAUUGGGCAGCUAUAAUUGCCAUGUUUGGCUCAUUGAUCUACGAAGAAAAGCACGGCUAUUUACCAUUGGUUCCUUUCAAAUGGCAACAGAAAAGAAUGAAGAAAAGAUUAGCGCUCAUCAAAUUAAGCCAGGAUCAUGAAAGAGACCUCUCUAGAAUGAGUGUGGACUCUUCCACUCCAUUACAACAUCAAACAUGA